UUUCCCUGUAAUGUCCUAUUAGGAGUCCCGACAUUUUUUUGUAAACAACUAAGAGCGGGUUUAAUACAACAAUGAAACAAUACGGCGUGGGUUUUAGCGCAUUUAAUGAACUGUAAUAAAGUUUUGUAGAUCGUUCAAUUGCCCUCCGUCUGUGUUGUCUGUUAGUGACAAAUAGUCUCGUGCAGGAAACAACAACUAGAAAAUUGUAGUAUUUUUUUCCUGGCAAAAUAAUAUCAAGGUUUUGAUCUAAUGAUGACCUAGCACAGAUCCUUGAUGAUGAGAUAGCUCUGUGACUAUAUCAGAAGAUGAUCGGAAAUCCUAGACUGAAGGAAAUGGAUCUGGCUUUAUCGUCAUCAUCAUCAAAGCCUUAUGGGUCAUCCCGGAGUAUUGUCAGGAGAAUUGCCACAAAUCUUCCAUUGGCGCCUUGUACUCGUGUCCAUUUUCAGCUUCAUCCUUUCACUUCAGGGGUGGGUUUCCUCAACCAUUCAAAUGGGCCAAAUGGCCUUGUGGCCACGCUCGCUGACGUGGGCUGGAUCGAAAGAGAAGAGAGCGAUAGCCCUGGCAGAAAUAGUUUUAAGGCAGAUUCUGGGCUGUUUUUUCGCACCCAGCACCGCAGGCCCCUGAGACGCCAGCGGUCAUUACCCAGCUUGCACCAGGCUGAACCUGCGCCACAGAGCCAGACGGUCAUCAAUGAUGAAGCCAUUCAGAAGAUCAGCGUUCUUGAGACUGAGCUGGCCAAACUCAGAGCACAGAUCGCACUGAUAGUUCAGGCACAGGAGCAAAGCGCUCAAUCCACAGCUCCAGCGCCAGGUGGUCCCCCAGUACCCCAAGCUCUACCAAUGGCCCCCCCUCCUCCACCACCACCUCCUCCUCCUCCAUGUCCUGCCCCUGGGAUGCAGAGAAGCUAUUCCGCCAUUGACCUCAUCCGAGAGCGCCGAGGGAAAAAAGCGGGGCAGGACACUGUACUGGACUCAGAUCCCAAAAAGCCAGAGCUUCCCAGCAUGCUAGAUGUGCUGAAAGAUAUGGGGAAAGUGAAGCUGCGCUCAGUUAAGAGUCAUCAAGAGGACGGCCACACAAAACCCAAACCCGUUGAGCCCACAGAUGCUGCAGCGUUAAUCGCAGAGGCCCUGAAACGCAAGUUCGCUCACCGCUAUCGUAGCGACAGCGAAUGUGACGGCAGCUUUAACUUGCCGGCCCCUGAGCAUAAGACCCACGUAGAAACUCCGCUGUUUGGACAGCACAUGUUGAAAUCAACUGGAAAGAAGAAACUGUUCUAGGAUGAGGCCGAGUCACGUUUCUUCGCUGUGGGUUAAUGGAGUUAACAUGAUGACUCUUAAUUUAGUUAACUUUUCUUGUUGGUUCGUAAAUUUUGUUCGUGUUCACUUUUAAGAGAGCAUGCACAUGCUAAAACACUAACGCAGUCAAUCUGGUUUCCCUAUUUUGUAAUUUUGCACUUUGAAAAGUUCAUCUCUAUCAGUACGUGUUGUGCCGGUCAGUUACAUCGUUAAUGCCAGUUACAUGGAAACAUGUCUUUUUGUUUGUUUUUAUCUGUGGGUUUAGUUGGAUUUUAACAGUUCAACAGUGCAAGAAUUCGAAUUGUUUGAAGGGAUAAUGUUAAACGAAAGCACCAAAGUGUAAGAUGAUUUGUUUUUGUUUUAACAAGUAGUUUUAUGUGUAUUUUUUAACAUCUGCACUUUCUACUUCAAAGGUACAAUUCAUAAUUGCUGGAAAAUCACUAAUUUCUGAUAUUAGCUUUUUUUCUGUCAUGCUGCUACCACUAUAGCAAUUAUGAAGCACUUUUGUGAUCAUAAAUGAGGCUUAGAUGGUGCCGUCAGUAGUAUUUGCUCUCUAAUGUUGAGACUAGCUAAUUUAAAAUGCCUUUUUAGGUUGUAAUUUAUUAUUUUGGGAACAUUUAGUUACUUGAAUAAUGUAGUUGUGUGAAACCAAUGCACAGGAUAGUAUGUAUAACAAGUCUAUUGCCAGUUAAUCAUAAUUUACCGUAUUAUCAGAAUUUUGACAGUGUUUGUACCUUUUAAAAGGGUUGUUCUUUUGCACGUUUGACCUAGUCUAGAUGAUUUUUGCCAAAAACAGUGAAUUAUUACAAUUAUAAUUUCAAGGGUUUAUACCUAGUUUAAAGGGAUAUUCACCCCAAAAAUAAAAUUCAGUAAUCCUCAAAUUGUUCCAAACUUGAAUGUUUCUCUGUGAUCUUUUGAACUCAUACGAUUUUUUUGAAGAAUGUUUGAAACUAAACAGUUGAUUGGCCCCAGUGACUUCCAUAGAUGGGAAAACAUACUAUGGAAGUCAAUGGAACCAUCAACUGUUUGGUUUCAAACAUUCUUAAAAUAUCUUUUGUGUUCAGCAAAAGAAACUCGUGCAGGUUUGGAACAACUUGAGGGUGAUUUUUGGGUGAAUUAUCCCUUUAAUGGCCAGCACAUUAUUUCACACUACAGAACCAUUAUGAAUGGGUUUUCAGUUCUUGAAUAAACCUAAAACAAUUGGUGUCA